CACAAAGCCUAAUCUCGUAUCUGAUGCCAGGGCCAAUGCCAGUGCGAGAGCGAGAUUGAUUGAGCCGCGCCACGGCGCGUAGCGUAGGUACCUAGAUGGGCGAUGGGCGAUGGGCGAUGACGCUCGUCCGCCAGGCCGCGCAGCGCAGAGCCUCGCUCUCCCAUCCCAUCCAUGCGAGGGUCGUCGGCGAGGCCGGCACGGCGACCUCCUCGCAUCCAACUUGCCUCGCUCCCGGCACUUUUGCUCGCUCGCCCGCCUCGGCAUCCCCGACGACUCGUACCUAGCAGUUAGGUGGCGGCGGCGCAGCGCAGCCAGCCUCGCCUUAGGUACCGUGCCUAUCUACCUACCCUACCACACUACGCUGGUCCCACACGCUCCACUCCGCUUCGACACAGCCUUGCCCAGCCCUACGUACUUACGUGCCAAUGCCAAUGCCAAUGCCAUUGCCACGGCCCUCGGUAUAAUGGGUGCCGUGCCGUAUGUACAGUACCUAGGGCAGGGCGUAGGUAUGUAGGUUCUUGCCUUGAUAAGCAAUGCGCGGGCCUGCUCCUCCUCCCUCCCUGCUGUUAGAUACGCCACCUUGCUUGGACAGGUACCUACAUGCCCUAGUCUAGGUACUUGGGUACGUACGGACGGAUUACCUACGCGCCUACCUAGAAGUACUCGUACCUACCAGCAGCGUACGU